AUGACCGCGACAGCAUAUCCUCCAACUAUGACUGACUUGAGGGGAGAUGCCCCUCACGCAAAUGUCUGGCCCAACUACGGUGCCUCGCAGAUUUCUGCACGCCUCGGCAGUUCCAUAGACGCAACCUUCUCUUCCUCUGGCGUUCGACCUCGUGCUGGCCAGGACCACUACCCAUAUGGCCGCUACUCACAGGACGAGGGAUCUAGUUUUGAUCGACCUCAGCCUGCACCUCUCUCCUCGCAUCAAAAUUACCCUCCUCUGAAAAGAUCGUUUUCCCAGACCGAACCUCAGCCUUAUCAAGAGAUUGUCCAGGAUCUUCGUGACGAUACCUCCAGACUCACAGUCAGCCAAGACCACAAGCUUCUCGCCUUCCGCCGCUCCCAAGAAAAGAGCACUGUGGUUGAUCAGCAUGGCCGCGUGCAGCAGCUUGAGCUUUCCGCUCAACUGCACGGAAUGUUCUUUCUCUCGGAGAUGCCCUCUAAUCCCAGCGACGGCGGCGCACUUCAACCUGAGCUUACUUGUUACCGACGCAACCUCUUCCAGAUCAGCGGCUCUUUUGUCACGCCGAGAGGCCCUAUUUCGGUGGUCAACGAGACCAACGAGACUGUACCCGUGAGCAACAUGGAAGUUACCAUCUCUGCAAUCGAAUCUGUCGAUGGCAACCCCGUUCGCCUCAUUGUAAUUCCCUGGAAGACACCGCCACCCAACUCGCCCGAACAGACGCAGAACCCUGAUCAGGAGCCUCCGGCUCUGCCUUUGAUCCCCUUUCAGGAUAGCAGCCCCAACUCUGAUGGCGAAUAUGCUGUAUAUCCCGUCGGCUGGCGCCGUCUCCAGUUCCGAAUUGCCACUGCCAACAAUGGCCGCCGCAAAGAGCUGCAACAGCACUUUGUCUUGCACCUCAAGGUCCACGGCACUCUUGCUGACAAUAGCAAGGUGGUAUUGACCGAGUCCAUCACCUCACCGAUUGUUGUUCGCGGCCGCAGCCCGCGCAACUUCCAGGCCCGCAAGGAGAUUCCUCUACUUGGAUCAAGCGCCGGUUCUCGGGGCCAGGCUCUGGUUGAGACUGGCGUAGGUGUCAUUGCUAGUGCGCUUUCUACCAAACCGGAAAUCAAGCGGGGAGGAAGCAUAGACAUGCAGGUCCCCCGAUCUGGCUUUACAUUCAGCCCGCCGAAAUCCACGGCUGGCCAGCCGGCUGCUCUGCGGUCCAACUCUUACCCUUCAUGGAACCAGCAAACUGAUUCUCUGAGCCAACUCCCGACGACGACGAUGGGCAUGGCAAGUGCCUCUGCUUUUGCGAGUGACGGCUCGGAACUCCCUCUGGGCACCUCACUAGCACCUCCUGUCUCGCUAUCGCAAUAUGCUCCCACCGCUGGAGCACUUGCUUCGGAAAACGUUCCACGAUACAUUGACAACGGCAGAACGACAAAGAGCCCCAGACACCAUGGCCAGUCGUCUGUGCAUGGCUCCAUCUCCGCCUCAGAUAGUGCCUCUGACUACCGCUAUUCAUCUUAUCGCGCCUCUAUCGCUAGCGAUGCUGGUACUAUGGGUUACACCUCCGAUAGCACACCUGCCGCUACUCAACGAGACUACUACCCAUCAUCUGGCGGUACUUGGACGCCCAGCGCGGCAGAGCCCAACACGAACAUGAGCUACUCCAGCCAUCCUGGCAACAGUGCCGCGCAUCGCCCGUAUGCCUUUGAUCGGUCUGCGAAGCAGGAGAGCACUCUCCCUAAUGCUCUCUAUCAACCUGGCGCUAAAGGUGCCUUUGAGUCGAUGAGCAACUAUUCGUGGAGUGCCAAUUAG